AUGGCUUCAUCAACUAAUUUAUUCUAUGUUCUCGUCUCGGUUUGUGCCAUCAUGAAAUCGAUUGCAUGCUGCUGUGGCCGGGCUACUAUUCUAAGUUUAAAUGGUGUCGCACCAAAUUUGACACCAGGAGGAUUAAAAUUAUCCUGCGAAAUUUUCGAAGAAUUAUUGGUUUCAAGAUCAGACUUCCCAGAUGAUUUUACUUUUGGAGUUGCUACCUCUGCCGCACAGACUGAAGGGUCAGCCAGAGAAGGAGGGAGAGGACCAAGUAUAUGGGAUCAUCGCGUUGAUAUACUGCCAGAUGCAAUUAUAAACAGCGACAAAUUUUCUACAGCAAUUGAUUCAUAUAGACGAUACAAGGAAGAUAUUAAGAUUAUCAAGAACCUCGAAGUAGAUGCUUACCGAUUCUCCAUCUCCUGGAGUAGGAUAUUACCAAAAGGAAGUUUAAGUGGGGGAAUUAAUCAAGAGGGUAUUGAUCACUAUAACAGCUUCAUCGACGAUUUGAUCAGAAAUGGAAUCAAACCUUUCGUGACGAUUUUACACUCUGAUUUUCCACAAGCUUUGGAAGAGAAGUAUGGUGGUUACUUGAACCGUUCAUUUGUGAAUGAUUUUAAAGACUAUAGUGAAAUUUGCUUCAAAACAUUUGGAGAUAGGGUUAAAAAUUGGUUCACAAUUAAUGAGCCAACAGUUCCUGCAGUUUACGGGUAUGAAUUUGGGAUCGCCCCGCCAGGGAAGUGUUCACUCAAGGACGGAGUUUGUGUGUUUGGGACUCCUGAAAACUGUGUAGUUUCGGCAGGUCCAUGCAAUUUUGGUGGUAAUUCCAGCACAGAACCUUACAUUGUAGCCCAUAACCAAAUUAUUGCCCAUGCCACCGUGGCCAAGCUCUACAAAGAAAAAUACCAAGCACGACAAAAGGGUGAGAUUGGAAUCGUCCUUGCUUCAAAAUACUAUGUGCCUCUUACGGAUUCACAGGAAGAUAAAGUUGCAGCUGAACGGCUUUUCGACUUCAACCUAGGAUGGUUUAUAGAACCAUUUGUAUAUGGAGAUUAUCCAAAGAGUAUGAAAGAGUUUGUGAAGGAAAGACUACCUAGCUUUUCUGCACAAGAGAAAAGUUUGAUCAAGGGAUCUCUAGAUUUUGUUGGAAUUAAUUACUACACAUCAACUUAUGCUAGACAUAUGACACCACCAUCAUCUGAAGAAUUUCGCUAUUCUGUGGAUGUAUCAGCCGAAGAAACAGUUAUGAAGGACGGAGCUUUCCUAGGCAAGGACAGUGAAGGGCACUGGCCGGAAGGGCUGCAGAAAUUGAUGGAGUAUAUAAUGGAGAAAUAUCAAAAUCCUAAAAUCUACAUCUCCGAAAAUGGGCUUUUCACAACAAGGAACGAUAACCUUGCACUUGCUGAUCAACUAAAGGACCCGGAACGAAUUUCAUUUCUUGUUCGUCAUUUGUAUCGUCUCAACAAGGCAAUUAAGAAUGGAGUAAACGUGAAAGGAUACUUCUACUGGUCUCUCUUCGACGAUUUUGAAUGGGGAAUGGGGUUUUCGCAUAAAUAUGGGCUAUACUAUAUCGAUCUAGAUCACAAUAACAGGCGCAUCCCCAAGCAGUCUGCUGAGUGGUUCAAAACUUUUCUUCAAAGUGAUUAUGCGACUCGAGCUAGCAGCUAA